AUGCCAAAAGGGGUUGCGUUAAGAGAGAGAUCAUGGAGUCUUCCUCUUGUUAGUGUGUUAAAAUGUAAUGUGGAUGCAACAUUUUGGGGUUCUGAUUGUCUUACAGGAAGGGGGGUUGUGUUUAGAGACCAUCAUGGGAGCAUUGUGCACAUGGUGGUCUUGAAACAAUUCCCUUCUGAGGCAUUUGUUUUGAGGGCAGCCGUUUUAUUGGCCAAGAGAUUUCUUUUUCAGAGAAUUUGUUUUGAAACUGAUUCGUCUAUAGUUUGUGAGGCAGUGAUGGGAGCUCGAGUUUGUCCGGUUGAAAUUUCUUCAAUUGUCUUUGAUAUCCAAACUGCUUUGAGUUGUUUCCCAGAGGCAAAGAUAUCUCGUGUUAGCAGGGAAGCAAAUAGCCUUGCUCAUGAAACGGCAAAGCUUUCUACACCUAUUUUGCAAGAGGAUCAAAUUUUGACUCGUAUCCCUAAGACGUUGCUAAUGAAAGCUCGAUAG